CAAACUCUGAGCCAAAACACAGCAGCUGAAGAGGAAAAGAAAAGAACUUAAUCGACUUUUAGCUGUAACCUUUUGUUCUUUGUCAAAGAAUUAUCAAAGAUGCAGAAAGUAGUUCUCUUCUUUUUGGCUGCAGUCUUUAUAGGCACCAAUGCUACUAUUGAUGAAUCCCAGUGUUACGAACCUCCAAGUGGCAACCUGUAUAGCCUUUACAGGAACUGUCGCAAAGCCACAGACAGUCGUUCAACAAGAUGCAUGAAUGUAGUCGAUCGCUAUUGCUCUGACGUUACGUAUGCUUUUUUUGGCAAACUUCCUACAGCCACUUCUGGGAUAAUGAGAGGUGUGAAGGCCAACACAAACGAAAUAUUUAUCUCCUGUAUAACUACACAGUCUAAAAAUGAAGUUAAGUUGAGUGAUCUUACUGGAUGUAACAGCUUUGAUGACAUCCAGUCAAAAGAAUGCUUAAAAGCUACAAGAGAGUAUUGCCAAAGAAUGCUUGGAAGCAGAAGUGCUGGAUAUAUAUAUUUAACUUCUGCUAGUCGUGCACAUACUGUUUGCUUUAAUUCCGUUGAGCAAGGAACAGUUUCUCCAAGCGAUAUGUCUUCGUUAAACUCUAACUGCAAUGAUUUGAGCGAUGCUGCAAGUUCUGAUUGUUUCAAUGCUGCUUGCAAGUGGUGUGAGGGUAAAGGACAUGAUGGUGGCAUUACACAGGGCAUUGAAGGCUCUUCUAUGAUUGUUGCAUGCUACAAAGACAACUUCCAUAAAUAUGUCCAAGUCAAGAGUGCCCUGAGUCAAAGUUCUUAUUACUAUCGUCAGUAUCUCGCAGCCAAGAGGAGGUAUGAGCAAGCAAGGCAGUACGAGCUGGCUAAUGAGGAGGAGUAUGGGGAGAAUGAGGGGCCCUAUCAAUUCAGGAGUGACAUCAGGGAAGAAUAAAGAUUUCAAAAGAACUUCUUUAUCAUUUUUGCUUUGUCAUUCAUUCAUUCAUUAGUUUUUGAUUUUUAGAUUCUCAGUUUUCUUUUUUCGUAGUAUUUGCUGCUUAAUUGUGUCUUUUGUCAUUUUGUUUUUAUAAGACAGUUUUUUAAAAAAAA